GCGUCGUCUUCUGUCCGUUUCCCUGCCGAAGACGACGACGAUGCAGAGCAGAGACAUUGCGAAGGAAGUGUACGACCUUGCAGCGUCGUCGAGCGCCGUCGCGCCCCGCGUCAAGGAGGCCCUGAAGGUGAUCGAGGAUACGCUAGACGAUUACGGUGAGGACCAUGUAUCCAUAAGUUUCAAUGGCGGAAAGGACUGCACGGUACUCCUCCACCUCUACGUCGGCGUGCUCGCCCGCCGUCUAUCCUCGCGGCCCUCGCGGAUACGCGCCGUCUACAUCCCGCUUCCAUCGCCCUUCUCCGCACUCGAGGCCUUCAUCGACGAGACCGCGCGCGCCUACGGCCUUGACCUGUAUCGCUGCGAGCCGCCGGCGGAGCAGCCCGUGGAGAGCGUGCCCAAGACGGCGGCGAACACACCCGCUGUCGAGCGCGGCGACCCCGUGCAGCGGCAGAAGGGCGGGGAGGGCAUGCGGCACGCGCUACAGCUAUACAAGGACCGCUUUCCCUACAUCGAGGCUAUCUUGGUGGGCACGAGGAAGGGCGACCCGCACGGAGCGACGCUCCAAUACCGCAACCCCUGCGACCCAGGCUGGCCCAGCUUCGAGCGCGUGCACCCGAUCAUCAACUGGUCCUACAACGACGUCUGGGUCUUCCUGCGCGCGCUCAAAGUGCCGUACUGCUCGCUCUACGACGAGGGCUACACGUCCAUCGGCUCGACGUACAACACCUUCCCCAACCCCGCGCUCCGCAUCCAGCCCUCACCCUCCCCCCUCGCGCGCUGCCCGAACACACCGCGCUCGUCACGCUCGCCUCCGACUCCGCGACCACCUGCUUCCCCGACUCGCCCGUCGUCGAUGGCGGCCUCGUCACGCUCUCCGUCGACCCGAGCGCGACUGCGGUACAGGCCCGCAUACGAACUCGUCGACGGGGCCCUUGAGCGGGCGGGCAGGGCGUCCGCUGUCACGGCCCCGCUCCCAUGA